AUGGCGCUACGACUUUGUCGCAUGGCGAAGAUGUGCUCGGGCGGCUCGGGCGGUGUCAUGACAGAGACACGCCUGGACGUUCUACUUCUUAGUCCCCACCUGAGACCGCCAAUCAGCCAGCUUUACUUGCGUGAAGCCACUGGCUUUUAUGCUAGCCGAAUUCACUAUUUCAAGGGAAAGAACUGGCAAGUACGCACCUUGAAGGACGGACAUGGCUGCUUCUUCAUCGUGCCGGUCAUCGUCAAUACGGGGGGCAGCCCUUACAAUCGCCCCAUCAUCAGCGACGUCCUCCUCAAGCACUUCAUCCCGAAGUUUGACCGAGCCAUUUGGGGUGAGAAGAGCACCAAGGGCAAAAUUCACCUCCCAACCCCUUUAGGAGACGAUUUUAACCUUGCAGCGCAAGGAUGGAAUGAUGCAAGGGAGAAGGAGCUGGACAACAUGGCAAAGGAGGAAGCCAUUAUGUACAACUUGGUGGGGCACGAGUUGGCAGAUGUGAUUGUGGGGUGCAAUGAGUUGGCUAGAAAUCUUCAGGACAUGAGGGAACGCAAGAAGCGCGAAGAUGAUCUACAUGAAUACUACAAUGACACGGUGGAGGCGACAGCCAAGGGCUUCAAGCAUGUGGGCGCAACGGCGGAUGGCAUCAAACGUGAAGUGGAAAGCAUGAUGCUUGACCCGAUGACAGAUUGGGGAAAGAGUUCCUUGCCGGUGCCGGCGCUCCUAAGCUUUGCUUUCCUAGGGGUCUUUGGAGGUUUCCAGGCCGCACAGGGCUUGCAGAGCUCGCUGAAUGCAGAGCUGGGUGAGCUGAACUUGGCGUGUUUGUACGGGACCUUUGCGGUCCUUUGUUUGAUUACGCCACCAGUACUUUCCCUCCUGGAACGGAUCAUGGGAAUGCAAUUGCUGCUGUUGGUUUGCUCGGCGGCCUAUGCAGCGAUGGCCCUCUCAAACUUGCUUGCACUGCCUGCUGAGCCGUCGCCGAUGUGGGCCGUGCCUGUCGCGUUCAACGUCCUGGUGGGUGUGGCCGCUCCAUUGCUGUGGACUGCCCAAAACACCUACGUGGGGCGAAGUGCGGCAGCAGCUGCCAAGCUCCUCCAAGAACCCACGGAGAAAUGGACCGCCAGCUACAACAGCUUGUUCUUCUCUAUUUAUCAGUUCGCAGGGAUGUUUGGCAACAUUCUGGCCUCAGUGAUUUUGUUAUCCCUUGGCGAGUUGGCCUGGGCCCGAGAUGUCCUUUUUGUGACCUUGGGCAUUGUCUCCUUAUUGGGUGCCUUUCUCUUCAUUGCAAUGCCUAGCGUGGAGGGUGCGGAUGACAAGCAUCCCAGCCUGCUGGAUACCAGCCGCCUCGCAUUCACAGAUGCCAGGAUGGCCCUGAUGAUUCCUUUGAUGGUGACCAAUGGCAUGACCUUGGCCUUCUUCCUGGGUGAUUUUCAGACGGACGUGACCUGUCCCGUGGCUGGCUCUGCCUUCACCGGCUUUGUGAUCGCCAGCUUUUUCGGCGUCAACGCCAUGUCCUCGGCCACCUGGGGCCGACUGAUCUCCACAGGAAGGGUGUCAAGGCGCCUGGUCUUUUUUCUUGCCACCCUCUUGGUGGCACUGUUCCUGGUGCUGAAGCUCAUGUGGAAGGCCCCCAGCAACUAUCAGCUGCCGCAGGGCACUACGGAUUGGAAAAUGGUGACGACACCCAAAGCCUUGGAUAUCAUCUUCGUCUUCGCAUUGGCUGCCAUCUUUGCUGUUGGGGACUCGUUUUUUGAGUCUGGACCACCGAUGACGCUGCAGAGUUUCUAUGCUGGAUCCGGGGCCCUGGUCCCUGCCAUGGCGAAUUACAAACUUUGGCAAAGUCUGGGCUUUGCCAUCCAGUUCUUCAUCGCCAUACCUCUUAAACACCUCCCAGAAGUCAGAGGAAUGCUCCUUCUGGCUUGGACCGCCGUCUCGUGGCUUUGCAUCUUGGUCCUUGACCGCUGCAUUGCGCCACUGGACGAUCAGCGGAUUCAGAUGAGAGAUGAAGCUGUCACUGGUGGCCCGGCCAAGAGGGCCAGCUACCAGUGCGUUGCUGAGAUAGACUGCAGAGCCAAACCCCGAAGUCUGCCGGGCCCAGCGGAUGCUUCGCAGCGCGGGCCUGGCUUGGCAGGGGCCUCGGGGGCCUCGGACGCCAGGGACCUGGGAUUGGAUGGGAUUGGACUCAUCGAAAGCGGAGGAGCUGGGAAGGGUCAUCCUUCAACGGCCCAGAUGCGUACGGCGACUCCGGAAGUCCGGCGCAUCUUGCGACUGGGCCCUCAUCCGCAGGAUGGUCAGGUGCAGAACGCCUUGGCUCCAGAGCUCGAACGAUGGAGGAGCACCCCGAAACCUGCCACUGUGGUCCUUACGGCUCUGGCCAAAAGGGGAUGGCUUGGAGUAGCAGGUCAAGUUCUGCAAGAGAUGAUGAAGGAGAGGUUGGAAGUCAAUGUCUUCCACUUCACCGCAGUGAUUGCUGCCUGCGAUAGAAAAAAUUGGCAGCUGUCACUUUUGCUCUUGGAAGAGAUGGUCAAGUUGCAGAUCGCGCCGAACCAAAUCAGCUACAGUUCAACCGCGACGUCUUGUGCUUCUGCAGCUUAUUGGCACCUUUCACUGGACUUGUUGUAUGCUAUGCCUCUGAAGCGAUUGACUCCGGACCAAGUAAGUUUCAACGCAGCCAUCGACGCUUAUCGUGGUGUGAGUUGGGAAUGUGCUGUGGACCUCCUUUUAGAGAUGCCAAGGCGCAGACUUCUUCAAGAUGCAGUGAGCUUUGGAGCUGCCAUUAGUGCCUGUGAACGAGAUAGCGAAUGGCAAGCAGUGCUAGAGCUGCUCUCAUUGAUGUACAAGAUGAAGGUGCAGCUUAACGAAAUCAGCGGCUCAGCUGCCAUCAGCGCAUGUGGCCAAAAAGGGGGGCAGUGGGAGAUUUCACUGGCCCUGCUUCGAGACAUGCUACAAGCUGCCGGGCACCCGGAUCGACUUGUGUGGAAUGCAGCCAUCACUGCAUGCGAGACGAGCUCCCAAUGGAUCCUGGCACUGGCGCUCUUGAAAGACAUGUCCUACACCACUCAGCCGGAUGUUGUCACAUACACGGCCUGUCUGAGCGCAUUGCAACGACGACGCUUUUUGUGGCAGCAAGCACUGCAGUUCCUGUCCCAGAUGGAAGAGGCUCAGAACUUGCCCAACGUCAUCACGCUCUCAGCGGCGGCCACAGCCUGCACUCAGGGAGGUCAACCGUUGCAGCUACGGCAGCUGCUGCUGCGGGUGUCUCACCUGGCUUGGGCUUUGAUGAUUUGA